GCGCAAAGGCAUGAGCUUUAUUUAAAGGUAGAAGGUUCCACCUGGGGCUGAUGAUGAUGGCUGCUUUCGUUCUCCUCAUGCCACGAAAUUUCAGAUUUGAAUCAAAAGAGAAAGAAAAAAAAGAAUUAAUUUCUCAUGAUAAACCCCACCUGUUCCCUCUUGCUCACCUUUAAUUUGGGGGUCUAAGGAGCUCCAUGGAUUGAGAUGAGAGGGCCGGGGGAUACUGCUGAACGAUGAGUACAUUUCAAGCGAGCUGCAUGAGUAGGGUCACAAGACUGAUGAAGCAGGUGAGUGCAGCUCCUUUGGCAUGCCAUGAACAAAAGUGUGCAUGUCUGAUGCCGGAAGAUGAUGGCUCGGAAACAUCUCUGAGGGGGAAAGCAUCGACACCCGCAUUCGCUAAAGCUAAAGGUGUCGUCUUUUUCACGUCUUGGAUCUGAAGAAUGAUUUGAGGAAGCCAUCAUUUCUGUCUCCUGAUUCCAUCCAUCCCCUGUUGUGUCUCCAUUCGCACUCAGCAUUGGACCUCGGUUCCGGAUCAUCAGAGUCCCCUGGAGGAGACGGAGAGGAGCUGAGCUCCGGGCCAGUGUUCUUCCUAGGAAAGUUGAGAAGAAGGAUUCUUGUUGGGACCUGCAAGAUUGAGCUUUGUUUCCUGAAGAACGUAGCAAGCAUCAGAAAUGGCAGAUUUCACAGUUCGAAGGCUUCAACAGGGUCACACGAGGAUCAAAACUGUUCCUAUUGCGGUAACCCCGGAAGGGUUCUGGUGUUGCCCCUCCCCUGCAGCCAUCGAGAAGAACCGAAACCAUCAAGACAAGAGGAAAACAGCUUCUCCGCCGCACUCCAAGGCCUCGUCGAUUCAGAGAUCGUCACUGCCCCCCGUGGACAAAAGAUUAGUCUCGGCUCCGCUGAGGUCUAAGCUUGCUGAUGAUGACCACAUCCAUCUUAACUCUGCAACCGCCGCUUCGAUCUCCUCGAACUCCGUCGAUCGACCACAAAUGCAGAGCAUCGAGACUAAGCAACGUAAGAUAUACGCUUCCUUCGGUCGGCCAGAGACCAGCGACAUGAAAGUUACUCUGCAUGGAAAGGAAGGUUCCUCCAUGAGGAUGAGUGUUCACAGGAACAUUCUCGCAGAGCAUAGCAGCUUCUUUGCAGAUAAGCUCUCGAGGCUGUCUCCCGCAUCACAAGUCGAAAUAGCAGACUGCGAAGACGUCGAGAUCUUCCUCGAGGUCGUGGGAUUAAUGUACUGUAAAGAAAUCAAAUGCAGAUUGAUCAAGCGAAGCCUUUCACGCGUCCUUCGAAUUCUGAAGGUUGCUGAAUCACUUGGCUUCCAUGCAUGCAUCGAGUCGUGCCUGGAUUACCUGGAAGCAGUGCCUUGGGUGGAAGAAGAAGAAGAACAAAACGUGAUCUCAUCAGUCCGACACCUUCGGGAUGAUAGUUAUGGCGUCGGUCCAAUACUAGACAGAGUAGUUUCUGAUCCAUCCAACCCACCGACCGAUACGCUCGCCCAAAUAAUGGAUCUCGUCCUCGGAAGCAGUGAGGAUCGCGGCCGGCGCGAGAUGAAAUCCCUGGUGUUGAAUCUUCUGAAGGAAAGUGAUCGUGAUGGAUCUGUCGGCAUCUGCACUGAAACUUUGUACGGUUCAUGCCGGCAUUGCUUGGAGUCACUGUUGAAUCUGUUCAGAUGUGCAUCCGAGCCUGGGUUUUCGCAUGAGCCUUUGGGAAGCAGAGAUCGAGUGGUGCGGCGGAUAUCUCUCGAGGUAGAUAAUCUCCUCUGGUUGGUUGAGAUUUUAGCAGUCAGGCAUGCAGCAGAUGAGUUCGCAUCGAUAUGGGCGAGCCAAGAUGAGCUCGCAGAGCUGCACUCGAAGCUGCCAACCAUGGCGCGUCACCAGGUGAGCUGCGUGACCUCCAGGAUCUUCGUCGCCAUCGGGAACCGGGAGAUGCUUCCUUCGAAGGAGACCCGCAAGCUGCUGCUACGUGUUUGGUUGCAGCCACUGAUCGAUGACUAUGGCUGGUUGCGGCGCGGUAGCAGCAGGUCGUUCGACCGGCACGCCGUGGAAGAAGGAAUUGACCGAACGAUUACGACGCUUCCCUUGGAGGAGCAGCAGAGCGUUCUGCUGUCCUGGUUGAGGAGCUUCUUGAAGGUCGGCGACGACUGCCCUAAUCUUCGGGGAGCUUUUGAGGUCUGGUGGAGGAGGACAUUCACGAUGCCUUAUGUCGAACACCUUGAAGGCAGUUUUCGAUCCGAGAAAGCCGGAGGCGGAAGAGGUUGUUUAGGUUUAGAUGCAUGAUUGAAGCUUAAGUCACAUAUGUGUAUGUGUGUGUGUGCGGAGAAUGUGAUCCGAGUGUGUGUUAUCGAUCAUGUUUGAUUAGUGUCCGAAUUGAUCAUCGAUCUAUAUAGAAUCGAAUUGAUUUAA